GCAUGCGCAAACCGGCGGAGCGAAUCAGCGGUGACUAGCUAGUUUCUUGGUACGGUUCAGUCAAUUUAGAACUGACUGUUGUACACAGUUCUCGUUUAUUAACUGUACGUCGUUUCUACGAGCAGGAUUAACGUGACCAAGGCUUAAAAGAAUAUGCCCAAGAAUAAAGGAAAGGGAGGAAAGAAUAGGCGACGUGGAAAGAACGAAAAUGAGUCUGAGAAGAGAGAACUGGUGUUCAAAGAGGACGGACAGGAGUAUGCUCAGGUGAUAAAGAUGUUGGGGAACGGGCGUCUGGAGGCCAUGUGCUUUGAUGGAACCAAGCGGCUCUGUCACAUCAGAGGAAAACUCCGAAAAAAGGUCUGGAUUAACACGUCAGAUAUCAUUCUGGUGGGACUGAGAGAUUACCAGGACAACAAAGCUGACGUGAUUCUGAAGUACAACGCAGACGAGGCUCGCAGUUUGAAAGCAUACGGAGAGCUGCCCGAGCAUGCCAAAAUCAACGAGACGGACACCUUCGGGCCCGGAGACGAUGAUGAGAUCCAGUUUGAUGACAUUGGCGACGAUGAAGAUGACAUUGAUGAUAUCUAAAGACUGCUACUGGAGGGGGACGUUGGGAUUUUACAAGAGAUGCGCCAAUUGGUAUAUUUUGAGCCGAUACACCGAAUCUACAGUUCUUAUUUUUCAUUAAGAUCAGCCUAUGCCAAUCCAAUACAGUUUAUUAAAAUGUUUCAAUUGAUUCCAUUUUGUUAACCUUCAAUAAACAUCUUUGUUGUUUUUAAGAACUUAAAGUGCUUUUCACGUAGGGGGAAAAUCAUUCUUGAAAAACGGACUCUUGAGUUUAUUGUUGAAUGAAUGAGAAGCUGCUAGUACUUCAUGCAGUUGGAUUGGAGAAUCAAGAGUAGGCUGAUCACCAGCGUUAUAUUUAGGGUGAAUGUCUGGAUGCUAGAUUUUCACCUUUUUUAUUUUUUCUUCUAACAUCAACGGCAAAUUAGCCAUCUUCAUUUUUUUUAUUGUAUUGUCCUUGAAACACUUACUCUCUCGACGAUACCACGACUGCAAAAUAUCUCACACCAGAUGCACCAUCUUUUAAAAAAUGUAUUUAUAUUGAUUUCGCACUAUGUGGAAUUUAGCAAGAAGUACCGAAUCUCAGGAUUCGUCAAUAAAAAGAUAAACCAUGUUUGUGUUUUACUCUGGCAGUCUGUAUUAAUGUAGUUGUAGCCUGUGAGGCAGUUUUAGACGGUUUGAAAGCUGUUUAUUAAUGACUGAAGAAAAAAAAAACACUUUGAGUACGGCUCUGCAUCUUUUCGUAAGCGUUUUCCACUGACAUCGUUUUUAAGAUUGAAAUCAGAAGAAGAAACUAAAUGUAUUUUUCUAUCGUUUCCCUUAUUUGUCUUUUCUGUUUGUUAUCAUGUUCUGUUUUGAACUCUUCGCUGCUUGCUCUGCGGCUUCAACACACACAAACACACAACUAGAGCAGCGGUUCCAAAAUCUUUCCAUCAGUAACCUCAGAUCACAGCUCUCACUCUAAGAAAAGAAAAUAUCACAUGUAUAGUCGUUUAUUUUCCUCCCUCAGUUUGGGAAUCGCUGCUGUAGUGUACAUGGAGUCUGUCGCUGUUGUUGCUGUAACAAUGAAUGACUAAAAAGAUGUUUGAAGGCUGGGUUUCCAAUAAAGAUCUUAACUCCA